AAUUCUGCAAGUGGUUCUGAUUUACUAUCGCUGUUCUCUAGCUGUUCUAAAACCACUUUUGACCUAAAGGGAUGCUUUUUGGACGCCAUGGACGUUUCUCAGUUUCCAGGCAGAAAGAACAGUCAAAAUGCAGGCAGGGCACAGGACAAAGCACUAGGGACAAAAUGUAUGUGAAAUGGUUUGAUACAUGAAUGUCACUUUUUUGUCAUUUUUGAAUUUUCCUGCCGUUCCGUCCCCCAGUACGUCCCGACACUCACAGGGGACGGAACCCAGAAGACAGAUGCCGGCAUCUGCCGGAUUACAUUGCCGGGGACACUGCAGGAGGGACAU